CCAAGAGCCUGGCGGUUCUCAGCUCCAGCCAGCUAGCAGUUCUUCUACCGUCACACAAUGCGAGAGUCAACAAUAUGGCGUGAUUACGUCCUCAAAGGUUGCCUCCACCAGCUUCAGGAAGGAGGUCCCUGAUGGGAAGAGUUCUGUAGUCACCUUUCGUUAUGUGCACAAGUCCAAUGUUAAGACUUUAGGCAGUCCUGCGUGUGAUCCCCACAGCCGACAGCAGAGUCCAGGCUCUUCUUGCAGCUCCAGUCCCAAGCUGACAUUCCCACCUUUAGGUUCUCCAGGAAGUCACCAGCAAAGGUUCUGCAACCUUCAUCUGGCAGCCACAGACCCUCUAGACCAGGCCGUGACACAAAGAGAUUUGGAGGAAUUUGGAUCACCACUACUGAGAAUCAAACUGGCACAUGCGCUCCAGAACUCAUCACCAUCACGGAACUAUCAUCCGACCCGCUGUCAGUCCUGGGCCGGGUCCCCUGUCCAGCACCACAAUGACUACCGCAAAGACAGCAGCGGACCGUGGCGGUUGCAGAACCCCCUUCACCGCUCAGUCAGGCUUACCCCUGAAAGACCUCCAGACAGGGCGGUUGUCCAACCUGGUCAUAUCAUCGAAGGCCUAAACCAGUUAAGUGACGUCAGAAAAUGUUCUUCCUGCUGGUUACGUCCCAAAGAACCCCGAGCCUGGUCUCCAACUGGUUCAGGUGCACUGCAAAGCUUGAAGAUGAACAUUCCAGUCCCCAUUUCAGGGGGAGCCCUCCACCAACACAAGUGGCACAAAAGCUCAGCACCAGCGUCUGCGUCCCCCUUCCUUCCUGUGAGAGUCCACCGCUGCUCUCACCCCCCAACCGAGUUUAGUUCCCCCAUCAGGGACCCAGGACUGUCCUUGGCCAGGCUCCGUGCAGUAGAGAGCCCAACCCUGCAUCGCUGUCAGACGCCACAGUACGGUCGCGGGGACAAAAGGGGCGCAGGCUGCCGAGAAAGGGGGGCAUACAUGCAGCCAGCCUCUCAAGGCGUCUUCGGUCACACGGUUGAGGGGGCACCAGCUGGCCGGACACUCAAAGAGGACUGGGGGAGCCUUCCAGGCCCAAGCCUCAUCCUUGCAGGUGAGCAAACUUGUGAUUAUUCACCUCUGAGCCAAACAACAAAGAACAAGCAAUCUGAGCAGAGAAGGAGAGAACGACUCCUCCUGGGACCAGUGGUCCCCGAUUCUCCUGAUGAGGACGAAGAAUGUGAUGAGAAAGAGGAGCAGCAGACAGGCCCGUCGGGAUCAGACUGCCCUCCAGAAGCGAUGGGAGGAUCCUCACGAAGCUCCAGUGGGGUGACGGGCAGUUUGGGGGAGCAGGACUGUGCAUCACCUGAGUCGCUUCAAUCCAGCCACCAAGGCAAUGAAACCAUGGCCACCACGUCUGGGAUAGAGACAGACAGUGUGUCGCCCGUCCCGUCGCUGCACUGUCAGAAAAUCGCCCGCGCCAAGUGGGAGUUUCUCUUUGGACCUGAAGAGGGUGUCAGCAGCGGACCCAGAAACUUUCUGGAAGCUUCCACAGCGCCGCCAAGUGGAAACUCCAGUGAGUCGCCCACUCCGACCCCCACCUCCUCCCUACUGCCGCUCACUGCUAAACAGGAAGUUCAACAUGUGGAGGUGGAAUUGGUGACCACCCCUCCCACCGCGAUCGGGAUGUCCCCCAAAACGGGCAUUAUACGUCGGACCCUGAAAUACUCUGAGACGGACCUGGACGCCGUCCCACUGCGCUGUUACCGUGAGACCGACAUGGAUGAGGUGCUGCUGGCUGAGCAAGAUGAUGCCGACUCAGCGUUUGGGAGUAACCGCAGUGUGCAGGGGGUGGGCAGGAGUCCUCUCGGGGGAGUGGCCUGUCAUAGACCACAUGAGGAUGAGGAGCAUGAAGAGGAAGGAGACCUUGAAAGAGAAGAGGAGGAGGAGGUAGUGAGCUGGGCCAGUGUAAGGAUGCAAGGAGAUGACAGGAGACAAAAGUACGCAGCUCAGGAAGAACUGGACCGCUUCCGAGACUUCAAGAGACCAGCAGAGACUUUCUUUGACAAACUUCAUCCAGCGCUCAAAUCCCCCAUCUUGGUUCCGGGUCCUCGCUCUGGGGCCGAUGACACCUUCAGCCUGCAUUUUGAGAGCAUCAUGGAGUCCCAUUGCGCUAAGGGGACUUCCUACGACAGCCUGGAGCUCCAGGAUCUGCUCACCUCCAACGUCCAAGCUGUGCCCUCAUUCAUGCCCGCUGUGCGCAAGACCCACUCCGCCAGCGCACGCCACAUUGUCCAACUAAGCUUUGCUCCUUUGGCCCCGCAAGAGAGACCCACCCUCUCAGAUUCCAUCAUCACAGUGAUGGCCGACUCGGACGCCACCCGAGCACCCUCCAGUGAAAGGCUGAGCAGCGCCUCAGAGGACACGCCCCCUAGGAGGCGGGACUACUCUCAGCUGGGGAGCAGCUGGUCUAGCCUGGUGCCCUCCCCCUCGUUGUCAAGCAGGGACCAGCAGGUGGCGCAGUGGGACCACCACCUCAGCGCCGACACGCUCACCAACGCCAGCCACCUCGCCAACAUGGCCGCCGCCAAACGCUUGGCCAAGAGACUCUUCGACUUGGAUGGCUUCCGCAGGUGUGACGUGUCGCGGCAGCUCGGCAAGAACAACGACUUCAGCCGCUUGGUGGCCGACCAGUUCCUCGCUCUCUUGGACUUCUCACACCUCCGCCUGGACCGGGCUCUCAGAAGCUUCCUGAAGCAGGUGGUCAUCAUGGGAGAGAGUCAGGAGAGAGAAAUGCUGCUCUGUCAUUUUUCUCGACGUUAUUUGCUGUGCAACCCAACUAUGUUCACCACAGACGAUGCCGUGCACACGCUCACGUGCGCUCUCAUGCUGCUCAACACUGACCUGCAUGGACCACACGUAGGCAGGAAGAUGUCAUGUCAGCAGUUUGUUGGCAACCUGCAAGGACUGAACGAUGGGCGGGACUUCCCCAAAGACCUCCUCCAGGCGCUGUACAACUCCAUCAAGACCCAAAAGCUGCAAUGGACACUCGACGAGGAGGAACUGCGCAAGUCCUUCUCAGAGCUGGGGGACAGCUUGGGCGACUGCUCCAGAUCCACCAAGAUGGCAGGCGGCGGGCAGGCGGCACCAGAGGACACGCCUCCGUUACCUGGAACGCCGAUGUACAAAAACGGAUUCCUGGUGCGCAAAGUGCACGCAGACUCUGACGGCAAGAGAACGCCGAGGGGAAAGCGAGGCUGGAAGACUUUCUACGCCAUCUUGAAGGGACUCAUUCUCUACCUGCAGAAGGGCGAGUACCGAGCCGACAAGCCGCUGUCGGACCACGACCUGAAGAACGCCGUGUCCAUCCAUCACUCGCUCGCCAUCAGAGCCUGCGACUACAACAAACGUGCCAACGUCUUCUACCUGCGCACCGCCGACUGGAAGCUCCUCCUCUUCCAGGCGCCGAGUGCAGAGCAGAUGCAGUCAUGGAUCACUCGCAUCAACACGGUGGCGGCCAUGUUUUCAGCUCCGCCCUUCCCACCAGCUACAUACUCCCAAAAGAAGUUCAGCCGGCAGCUGUUGCCUGGAACCUUGUCUAAACUGCCUGAGGAGGAGCAGAUCCGGUCCCACGAGGCUCGCUUCCGCGCCGUCUCCUCAGAGCUGGCUGAGCUGCGCUCCUAUCCCCCUGACCGCAAGGUGAAAGGUCGCGAGCUGGACGAGUAUCGGCAGAGAGACGAGUAUCUGGACUUUGAGAAAAGGCGUUACGAGACCUACGUGGCGCUGCUGCGGGCCAAGAUGCGGAGCGGCGAGGAGGACCUGUCCACGCUGGAGUGGCAGCUGCUGGAAGAGGGCGGUCUUCAGCGGGCCCAGUCCAGCCCCACCCUGCAGGACGCCAAGCCGGGCCAGUCCAGCCCCGCCCUGCAGGACAGCACACGUGAGGGCCAGAGACACAGCUACCGCCAGGCCGUGAAGAAGUGAGGCGGACACGCUGCUUGGCUUUUAUUUGGCACACUGCGGCAGGAGCCAGGGUCCACACGACGCCCUCGCCAACGCCGUGCCCAGCACCCGGGUCACGUGAUUGGCUGGGCGAGGACUAUGGCGCCCAAUGUGGCGCAUGGCGAGAACAGGAAGGUGCUGUUGAGAAACACAUAAACUUUUCUUUCCGCCAUAUUUGUCAUGUUGGAGCUUCUUGCUUUAGCCGCCAUCUCGUCGCACUUCCUCUCUUCUCUUUGGUUGCCAUGACGGCCAGCUGUCAAUCAUCAUGUCCACUUCAAAACUUCUGUCAUCCACUUGUCUGCCCGGUUACCAUGGUUACCACCCUGGAGGCAGCUUGCUGAAUGUUGCUGUAAAUAAAGCAUGAUGGCGAUGAUUGAACGACGAGAAUGUUUUUCGUCUUUCUGCUUUUAUUUUGUCGAGCUAAGAAAAAUGUUGAAUAAAACGCUUGAAGAACUUGA